UCUCUUGUCCUCUUAGCUGCAUGCUCGCGCGGCGCCCUUCUCCAUCCAGUCCACUACUCUCUCAUCUCCUUCCUUCCAAGAAGCUCUCCGCCGCGCGCCCAUGGCCAUGGCCACGCAAGCCUCCGCCGCCACGCGCCACCUGCUGGCGGCCGCCUGGGCGAAGCCACGGCAGCUGAGCUCGCAGCUCGCGAUGCCGUCGUCCCGCGGUCCGGCCCCGCUCCGCGCGUCCGACGACGGACCGGCGGCGGCGGCGGUGACUGAGGAGGCCCCCAAGGGUUUCGUGCCCCCGCAGCUGGACCCCAACACGCCGUCGCCCAUCUUCGGCGGCAGCACGGGCGGGCUGCUCCGGAAGGCGCAGGUGGAGGAGUUCUACGUGAUCACGUGGACGUCCCCGAAGGAGCAGGUGUUCGAGAUGCCCACGGGCGGCGCCGCCAUCAUGCGGGAGGGUCCAAACCUCCUGAAGCUGGCGCGCAAGGAGCAGUGCCUGGCGCUCGGCACCAGGCUGCGCUCCAAGUACAAGAUCAACUACCAGUUCUACCGCGUCUUCCCCAACGGCGAGGUGCAGUACCUCCACCCCAAGGACGGCGUCUACCCGGAGAAGGUCAACGCCGGCAGGCAGGGCGUUGGGCAGAACUUCCGCAGCAUCGGCAAGAACGUCAGCCCCAUCGAGGUCAAGUUCACCGGCAAGGAAUCCUUCGACAUCUAAUCCUCCGUCGCAUGCUUAAAGGACUUGCGUGUUCUUCUUAUAUGAAUUAUUACUAUAAGUUAGCUGCUGGUGGCGCCAUGCAUGCAUGCAUGGUUUGAUAGAUGAUCCAUGUGUAAUUUUAUUAUCAAGUCUUCUUGGUGACCGUGGAGGCGCAGCGUGGGAUUAUAUGUACAUGAUGUUCAUUUGCUCGUGAUAACGUUGCUUCUUUGCAUAAUAACACCGAUCGAUCAUCAUCAUUAGUGGUUUA